UGCGCUGACUAAGGGCCAGCAUUUGGGCCUUCUAGUGUGGCUAUACGGCACGUAUUGUAUCCCUUCUGUUUGCUUUCUUAUGCUCAUAGAUGGUAGUAAUAGUAACUUUUGCAGUGCAUCUCUCUCUCUCUCUCUCACUCUCUGUGUUUGUGUGUGUGUGUGUGAGUGUGUGCGUGCGCGCCCGCGCGUUAGAGCGUCCUGACUCGUUCAUUGGUGCGCUCAUUGGACGUGUCAUAACUUUUGGUGGAUUACCCCAGUUUUGUUCUGCGUCUGGCACAAACCGGCCUCCACAGUCAGCCGCACGUCACAGUCACCUCUCAGCGACAGCAUCACCAGUUCUUGCGCUUAUUUUUUUUUAAAGCCCCAUCCUUGUUAAUGCUAAAGAACCUGAAGUCAGAAAAGACUCUAAAAUGUGCUUAAGCUCUGCACCGAUCUCUUGUUUAUAUCCAGCCGUCUGGGCAUGCCUGUGUGGUGAUGGGUGGCGCGGCAUUGUUCUCACGUCGCUCGUGCUGCUGAGCGCACUCGUACCCGAAGGCCUAGGAGCGGCGACUGGCUGCACGACAUGCGGCGUUCAACACAUGGACAAGGGCUCGGAGGAGCUGUUCCUCAUCGAACUGGCCAAAAAGCAGAUUCUGAGUAAACUGCACCUGCGGGAGAGACCCAACAUCACGCAGACGCUGCCGCGCGCCGCGCUCGCCACUGCUCUGCGCAAGCUGCAUGCGGGACGCGUGAGAGCAGACGGUACGGUGGAGCUGGAGAGCAGCCUGCACAGCGCACAGCACACAGACCAGGCGUACGAGAUCGUCAGCUUUGCCAAUAUGGAUGAUGUGGAUUCCAGCGGUAUCAGCUCCAUCAUGUCUUUCCAGUUUCUGCAGGAGCAAGGUCGAAGCAUUCAGGUGCUGCAGUCCUCCCUAUGGGUGUAUGUGCGCCCAGCCAACAGUCCCCUCCCGGCUGGCCGUGUCUCUGCCCAGGUGUACUUGUCAGACACAAGCAGUGGCAACCGCACCCUCCUGGUUCAGCGCAGCAUUGAGGUAACACGGGGUGGGUGGCAGACCUUUCCCAUCACCCGCACCAUGCAGGCCUUCUUGGAUGGUGGGCAGCAGCACCUGCAGCUGGAAGUGCACUGUGAAGUGGGAGGCCAAAACCUGUGCAGCCAGAGUGGUGCUGAUGCAUCCCAGAGGUCCUACCUGGUGGCACAGGUGCAGCUCCGUGAUGACGACCCCAAGCACACAGUGACCAAGCGCUCUCUGAGCUGCGGUGAUGAUGUCAGCGUCUGCUGCAAGAAGGACUUCUACAUCAAGUUCCAGGAUAUCCAGUGGCAGGACUGGAUCAUCGCACCUGAGGGCUACCACAUGAACUACUGUAUGGGCCAGUGCCCGCAGCACCUGGCCGGCUCCCCAGGCAUCGCUUCCUCCUUUCAUGCCACAGUGUUCAGCCAGCUGAAGGCCAAUGGCAUUCACACGGCUGUCUCAUCCUGCUGUGUUCCCAUCCAGAGACGUCCACUCUCCAUGGUCUAUUUUAACUCGCAGCAUAGCAUUGUGAAGACUGAUGUGCCUGACAUGAUCGUGGAGUCCUGUGGGUGCACAUAAACAAAUAAGGAGUGUUAGAAUCAAGUUCAUGUUGCAGAAAGGCACUUUUACCAUGAAGGUUUCUGAGAUAUUGUUUGAGAUUAUAAAUACAUAUUCAGAUACCCAGGGAAACAUUAUAUGCAGUAAUAGUAUAAAGCAAUCUAGUUAAACAGAGUUUAUAACCAAGCUGCUUUAGUGAAUCAUCCUGUUCUUUACCCCCUUCAAAGCAAGGUAUUUAUAGCAUAAAUAUAUAAAUGCAAUACUGCUGAAUCAACACCUCUAUAGCAGUUAUAGGGAGGCUCCAAUUCUUUUCACUGUACUGUUUGAUUAGUUUUCAUCUAAGGCCACUGGCCUGACCUCUGCCUGGUUACCCAAUAAGAUGGGUAAACAUUUAAUUAUUGCCACAUGCUGAAAUGAAGGUCUAAGAAGACAUGAUGGUAAAUGUGACACACUGAUAUCUGCUUGCUGUUGGAUUGUAAGGCUUAGAUAUAAAUCAGAUUAUGUCUACAUCUGCAUAUCCAGUCAAAACAUGAUAUGUUUUACCAAAGUUCUCAAAGCAUUUUAUGUACUGUUUUGGUUACAUUAAGCAUUAGCAUUAGCAAAUGGUGUGUGUGUGUGUGUGUGUGUGUGUGUGAGAGAGAGAGAGAGAGAGAGAGAGAGAGUUUGUGCCUGUGUGCUUGAGAUGUUUUAUUCAAGUAUAUUAACUUAAGACUUGUUUUUAGACAUGUUACUCUUGUUUAGAUAUUGUUUAGAUUUUUAGAUUUUUUUUUUUUUUUUGUAAACAUUGUUAAUUUAUGCUAAAAUCCAAUGCAGAAACUUUUCACCAACCAUGAAAGACAAAGAGAUCACUUCCCCAAGGUUUGCAACAAGUUGUCUUUUCAUUGAAUUUAAAGCACUUCCUGUCCCAAAAUAUAUUAGCAUGGGGAUGUUUCAGGGUUAUGGCAUCAUCAUUUGCUUCAUAUUCCAUGUUUACACUUCUCUUGAUUUCACCAUCAGGGCCACAGAAAAAAGAACAAAGUCUUUCUAAUGCCAGGCUUAUGUAACUUCUGCCUUUAUAACUUGCAUGUUUGACCUGAACACGUAGGAUUUCCAGGAAAGUUUUUUCAAGUUUUUCAUGUUUUAUUUUGUUGUUUUUCAAUCAUUCACAUGUGUAUAUUAUUUUGUUUUUCCAUUUCCAUUAGUACUGGUAAAUACACAGUAACUUAUGUCUGAAUGGCAAUACUGUAAGUUAAGUUCUCAGAAAAGUCUUUCAUUUUUAAUAUAAUUUAUAUAAUUUUGUAAGGAUGUGCUAUUUUCUUAAAGUAUUAUAUUUUGAAAAUCUUGUACUCUAUAAUGUAAUUCUAUUGAUUUUUUUCUAUUUCAAAAAAAUAAAUAUUUUACCUAUUAAAGCA